UGAAGCUCAGGCAAAAUCAGAAAAAACGGAGACCCAGGAGGUGGAGCAUUUGCCCUGUAAAUCUAUCACGACAAAGUUCUUUUAAUUAUUUUAAGAACAUUAAAAAGGACCCCGAAGAAUUUUUUAAGUGGACUCGAAUGUCUGAUAAUAGUUUUAAUGCAUUGCUGGCUUUAAUUCAUGAUAAGAUUAAAAAAAGAAAAAUUAAGAGGGGAAUUGGAGCCGAACAAAGACUUUGCAUUACUUUACGCUACCUGGCCCACGGCGACUCAAUGCAAAGUUUGGCAUGGUUAUUCCAAAUUGGAAAAACUACAGUUCGGGACAUUAUUUAUACAACUUGCGAGGCAAUUUGGGAUAGUUUGAAAAAUGAAUAUUUGAAGCUACCCCACAGCAUUGAAGAAUGGAAAGCUAUUGCCAAAGAUUUUGAAGAUAUUUGGAAUUUCCCUCACUGCCUAGGAGCCCUGGAUGGGAAGCAUGUUUCAAUACAAGCCCCACCUAAUUCAGGCUCUGCCUUUUUUAAUUAUAAAAAACAUUUCAGCACGGUAUUGAUGUCAAUCUGCAAUGCCAAUUAUAGAUUUAUCAUGGUGGAUGUGGGUUCUCUUGGAAGCGCAAGUGAUGGUGGAAUUUUUCACAAUAUGCUUUUUAAGGAGCUUCUGGAAAAGGGUCAUUUAAACAUCCCUCCUCCAGAGGAAUUGGAAAAUACCACUUGAAAAUGCCCUAUGUCUUAGUAGCAGAUGAAGCCUUUCCCCUAAAAAAAAUAUAUAUUUCGACCCUUUGGAGGCACCAAUCUUUCUGUGAGAGAAAGAAUAUUUAAUUAUAGACUUACCAUAGCUCGUAGGACUAUUGAAAACGCCUUCGGAAUCUUGGUUGCUAGAUGGCGAAUUUUAAAAACCACCAUAAUUGCAGACCCUCCAAAUGUGGAUACCAUAGUCAAGUCAUGUGUUGUUUUACAUAACUAUUGCUUAUCAAAAAGCCAAAAAUAUAAUCCAGCAGGUUACACUGACAAUGGAGAUCAGAACGAUGGCAUUUGGCGAGAGGAAACUACUCCACUUAGAUCAGUU